CAACAGUCAUCGUAUGUAUGCACGUCUCCGUGUGUUUCAUGUUUCUGGUACGAAUUACCGAAAGCCUUGUCAUGUUCAGUAUGUAGAAACUGAGUUGAGCUCAUUAGGACUCUGUAGAAUCUCAAGCGAGUUAAUUUAAUCAGUAGUGUAACUAUGUUCGUUGUGGCACAAUAAUGAUAUGAAGCCAUUAGAUGGAUUGGCAAGUGCUGGAGCUGAUGACUCGAUUAGUGAGUGAUAUCGGGCCUUGGUAUGAGGUUCCCUAUUUUCUCCGAUUAUGAAGCUGAUUGAUGGGGGUGUCUGUACUUUUAUAGGCUGUCUGGUUUUGAAGAGGGUCAGGUAGCGAGAAAGAUGUGAGGGAAACCGAAAUGAUGAUUUUGGAACUUGGAGGGUCUGAACAGUUAUGUUGACGGUGAGGAUGUUCAGACAAAAGGCGGCUAAGUUUAUGCCAUCAGUACAAGCCACUGCAAGGUUUGUUCAUAACGUGAUGGAUGAACACAGUGGCAGAAUCAUAAUGUCACCGCCUCUGGUCUCGCUUGACCUCCCCGACGUUUGGGCUCCUAAAUUUACCUGCUCUGAUCCUCUAACGACUGAUGACGAUUCCAAAGAAGGGGAUGCUGUUGUAAUCGACGGAAAGUUGAUCGCGGAGCAAAUUAGGUUAGGAAUAGCUAAUGAGGUAAGAAGGAUGAAGGACUCCAUCAGGAAGAUUCCUGGGCUGGCUGUGAUUAUGAUUGGAGAUAGAAAGGACUCUCAAACUUAUGUCCGCAAUAAGAUUAAAGCUUGCGAGGAAACUGGAAUUAAGUCCUUGCUGGCCGAGUUGCCAAAUGAUUGCUCAGAAGAUGAAGUUCUCAGGGCCUUAUCGAGUUUUAACAAGGAUCCUUCCAUUCAUGGUAUACUUGUGCAGCUUCCUCUACCCGAUCAUUUGGAUGAGGAGAGAAUCUUAAACGUGUUGAGCUUAGAAAAGGACGUGGAUGGCUUCCACCCAGUGAACAUGGGCGAUCUUGCCAUGAGAGGAAGAGAGCCCCUUUUCAUCCCCUGCACUCCAAAGGGUUGCAUUGAGCUUUUGAUCAGAUUAGGUGUGGAAAUUAUGGGAAAGAAGGCUGUUGUGAUCGGGAGGAGUAACAUUGUCGGGUUGCCUACCUUCCUUCUCCUGCAGAGGCACCAUGCAACUGUGAGUGUAGUGCAUGCAUUCACGAAGAAUCCAGAAGACAUCACGCUUGAGGCCGAUAUUGUGAUUUCAGCAGCAGGAGUCCCAAACUUGGUACGGGGUAGUUGGCUUAAACCAGGAGCUGUUGUUAUUGACGUUGGGACGUACCCAGUGGAGGACCCAGACAGUGAGCACGGGUAUAGUCUCCUGGGAGAUGUAUGUUAUGAAGAAGCCAUGAAGGUGGCAUCGGCUAUUACGCCAGUACCUGGAGGAGUUGGACCCAUGACAAUCGCGAUGCUUCUUUCAAAUACCCUCGAUGCUGCCAAGCGAGCAUACGACUUUUCCUGACAUAGAGCCUCCUCAUGGAGAAAAGAAUUUGUUCUGUCUAAGCUUUGUGUUUCAAACUCCAACUUGAGCCAUAGUCGCAGCUCCAUGGGUGCCUUAUGUGCUCGGCAUUGGAAUGAUCCAAGAUGAGUGAUUCCGUACUUAGAAAGUCAGGUUAAUAAUAAUAGCUUUAUAGAUGGACAGGAGGGGCUUUUGGCCUGAGGAAUAUUCAAUGCAACAGCCCAACAUAUGCCUAAGAACCUAAGAAUUCAGCUGAGCCUCUGGCACAAAGAGAUGGGAUAUGAUACUAAUGUCUGGCAGCCGAAUACGUCUCAUCCGAUCACUCCUUUUGUCAUUCAUUUGUAACAUCUUGUCUUCCUCAA